AUGGCAGCGGAGAAGCAGGUCCCGGGCGGCGGCGGAGGUGGCGGUGGCGGCGGCGGCGGCGGCGGCGGCGGCGGCGGCAGCGGGGGACGCGGCGCCGGGGAGGAGAACAAGGAGAAUGAGCUUCCUCCCGCCGGGUCGAAGGGGAACCGACGAUUCGGGGACAGCCUGGGCCUGGAGAUCCUCCAAAUUAUUAAGGAAUCUCAACAGCAACAUGGUUUACGGCAUGGAGAUUUUCAGAGAUACAGGGGCUAUUGUUCCCGUAGGCAAAGACGGCUCCGAAAAACACUCAACUUUAAGAUGGGGAAUAGACACAAAUUCACAGGAAAAAAAGUAACUGAAGAGCUUCUGUCUGACAACAGAUACUUGCUUUUGAUUUUGAUGGAUGCUGAAAGAGCCUGGAGCUAUGCCAUGCAACUUAAACAAGAAGCAAAUACUGAACCUCGAAAACGGUUUCAUUUGUUAUCUCGACUUCGAAAAGCUGUGAAGCAUGCUGAGGAGUUGGAACGUUUGUGUGAGAGUAAUAGGGUGGAUGCCAAGACUAAACUUGAGGCUCAGGCUUACAUGGCUUACCUAACAGGAAUGCUACGCUUUGAACAUCAGGAGUGGAAGGCAGCAAUGGAGGCUUUUAACAAAUGCAAAACCAUCUAUGAAAAGCUUGCUAGUGCUUUUACUGAGGAACAGGCUGUAUUAUAUAAUCAGCGAGUGGAAGAGAUUUCACCCAACAUACGCUAUUGUGCCUACAAUAUUGGGGACCAGUCAGCUAUUAGCGAAUUGAUGCAGAUGAGGCUGAGAUCUGGUGGCACUGAGGGUCUUUUGGCUGAGAAAUUGGAGUCAUUGAUCACCCAGACUCGAGCCAAGCAGGCAGCCACCAUGAGUGAAGUGGAGUGGAGAGGGAGAGCUGUUCCAGUCAAGAUUGACAAAGUGAGGAUCUUCUUACUGGGGCUGGCUGACAACGAAGCAGCCAUCAGUCAGGCUGAAAGUGAAGAAACCAAGGAACGUCUGUUUGAGUCCUUGCUUAGUGAAUGUCGGGAUACUAUACAAGCUGUCCGGGAAGAGCUCAAGCCAGAUCAGAAGCAAAGGGAGAACAGCCUUGAUGGAGAGUCUGGGAAAGUGUCUAAUUUGCAAUACCUACACAGCUACCUGACUUUCAUCAAACUGUCGACUGCAAUCAAACGUAAUGAAAGCAUGGCAAAGGGUCUGCAGAAGGCACUGCUGCAGCAGCAGCCAGAGGAUGACAGCAAGCGCUCUCCUCGGCCCCAGGACCUGAUCCGCCUCUAUGACAUCAUCCUCCAGAAUCUGGUGGAAUUGCUUCAAUUGCCUGGCUUAGAGGAGGACAAAGUUUUCAAAAAAGAGAUAGGACUCAAGACACUUGUAUACAAGGCUUACAGGUGUUUCUUCAUUGCUCAGUCUUAUGUGCUGGUGAAGAAAUGGAGUGAAGCCCUUGUCCUAUAUGACCGAGUCUUAAAAUAUGCCAGCGAAGUGCAGUCUCAAGCAGGAGCCUCCCAAAACAGCCUAAAGGAGCUACCCGACGUCCAGGAGCUGAUUACUCAAGUGAAAUCAGAAAAAUACUCCCUACAGGCAGCUGCUAUCUUAGAUACAAAUGACCCUCAUGAAACAGAAUGUCCUUCCCAAGUCAAGGACAAUAAGCCUCUUGUUGAACGAUUUGACACUUUUUACCUGGAUCCUUCUCUCGUCAGCAAGCAAGCCAACCUCGUUCACUUCCCACCAGGAUUCAAACCUAUCCCUUGCAAGCCCUUGUUCUUUGAUCUGGCCCUCAAUCACGUGGCUUUCCCACCACUAGAGGACAAGGUGGAACAGAAGACCAAGAGUGGCCUGACUGGAUAUAUUAAGGGCAUUUUUGGAUUCAGGAGCUAAUUAAUGUUAUACAAUGGAGGAUUUAGAUUCUUACUCUGUAUUGUAAAAAAGCUUCAGAAUAUUAAAUUCAGGUCUGAAAUUGCCCAGGGUGGAGGUCUUAACAUCUUCCCUAUGUCCUCUGUGUGUAUGCAUUUGCGUACUUAACCAGUGUGUUAGAGGGAAACCAUACUCUUUUCCUGAUCAGUGUGUGUGAGUUUAUUCUGUUUCCCCUAAGACCUGGGUAGGGGGCAAUGCCAUUCUAUCCCAUGAAACUCUUGGAGCCUAUAUUUCAAUCAGCGAUGCAUUCAGGGAGAGUACAUACCAGUCAUGGACCACACCUAGACUCAUAUUUUUCCCAUCAGUAAAAUGGAUUUUAAACGAACCUGUCCUUCCUAUGGGGAUAAUUGUUGAGCAUCUAGAAUCCUUGGAUGACAUUUAUCAUUACUAUGAAAAUGCAUAAAAUGUUGGUCCUGCCUUACUUCUCAUCCUCAACUCAGUUAUAAAGAGCUGUAGCAUAAGAAAGGAUCUUUAUUUUUAAAGAAAAUAUGUUCUGAAAUGACUAAACCAAGCCUUGUAUUAAAAGGCAAAGGUAGUGGACACCGUAAUACAUUUUUAUAUAACCUAAUUUAAUGUUUAGUGGUAUCUUCCUGAGAUUAAACCUUGCUACUACCUUGAUUUUUCCUUCCGGGGUGAUUUAUGUGUCUACCCUAUCAAGGCCUACCUGGUAAUUUUGCUAUUGAUGAUGCUAGACAAGGAUAUAUUAGAGGAGCCAUCUUUAAAAAAAAAAAUUCUAUCUUGGCAUUUCUAGAGACAACUUACUGUUGUAUUUGUCAGUGUUUUUCCUUCCCUUCCAUUUUUAAAUGGAGUUUCUUGCCUUGUCCAGUUCAACGUUCACACCAAAAUUUCUCCUUUACCUCUUAAUGUCACAGUAAGUUGCUCUGAAUGGAAUUUUAUUGUCAUAAGAAUUAGAAUUUUUAAUGAGCCCAUGGCCAGGGCUGUGUUUAGUAUUAAAGACAGUCAAGAAAAUAGAUUUAGCACAGGAGCAUUCUCUCCAGAUACACUAGUCAGCUUUUCACAUAGUGUCACUGGAUAUCAAACAGAUUUGUUAUAAGAGGCUAAGACAGCCAAAUGUAAAAGUAUGUACAUCUGCUUAUCGGAUACAAUCAUGGUUGGUGUUGUUGUGAAUGGAUUCAGGAUCAGCGUUCUGCAUAGAGCUGCUCGUAUUGAUCCCUGGACUGUUUUAUACAAUGACGUUUUAGAAACCAAACAAAAUGCUUCCACUGGGAUAGGAAGUGGGGAAUGAAAUUUUCUGGUAUUAUGAAUUUGACAUGCACUUUGUCUUAAGUGGGUGACUUUCACGUUCCUUUGAUUCGUUGUCUUGUAACCACUCUGGUACCAUCAACAGUAGGGUUUGACCCACCAAAAACCUUCCAUAUCCCAAAGUGAGGAAAGGAGUAGGGGAUGGGAGGAGGAAGAGAAACAGUUCGGUCUCAGUUUAUAUUUUUAAAACAGAUGCCUACAUCUGCUGGUGUUGAUUUUCAUUUUAAUUAAAUCUAUGAGAUGUACAGUUUGGGUGAAGGGGAACAGGGUUCCCAAGUAAGCAAGAUUUAAUCUGAAGGAGCAGAUGGUAGCUGCUGUCUUUUAAUUUUAAUUUAUCAAGUAAUGAAAUUUUAAACACAUCAUUUUGGGAAGGUAAUGAUUUAUCCCAAUCUGUCUGUCUUAAUGUUAUUUCUGUUUAGGAAAAUGUUGAGUUGAGUCAGCUGAUGAAAAGGCCCAGCCCCUCUUCGAAUGCUGUGCCUCCUGGCUUUUUCCUCCUUUCAUGUACCUUGUUUUGAUGUCCUGUCUCCUUUUCCAGUUUUACAUUUAAAUCGAAUGAGAGUUCUUUGUUUCCCUGUUUAAAAUAAAACAUUGAUCUGGUUGAGUUCUC